AUGUGUGAAAAUGUCACAACAAAAAGGCCUUCGGCCAAAUCUGAUUCACCUAUUGAGAAUGAAUCCACAUUCCGACAACUAGUGGGCAGUCUCAUCUAUCUCACUGCCACUAGACCUGAUCUCAGUUAUGUUGUGAGCUACAUUUCUUGUUUCAUGACAACCCCUAUAGCUGAACAUUGGAUUGUAGUGAAGCGUGACCUGUGCUAUGUCAAGGGCACUUUUGACUUUGACAUUCUGUAUGGCAGAAACAAAGAUCUUAGACUCAUUGAUUACAUAGUCUUAGAUUGGGCAGGCUAUGUUGAUGACAAAAAAUCUACAUUUGGAUAUGUCUUUAGUUUGGGAACAGGUACUGUUACUUGGACUAGUAAGAAGCAACAGGCUGUAGCUCUUUCCUCGACCAAAGCAGAAUAUUGGGGAACUGUAAAAACAACUUGUGAGGCAAUUUGGCUUCGAAGGAUGCUUUCAGACAUGCAAAUGUCUUAG